CGGCAUAACAGUCACUACAUCAUGUAACCAGAACACUCCCCUGUUUGGAAACAUCACUUCAACUUCUACUGUAGACACUCACUUUAUUCACAUACUUCCUGCAGGCAGCCCCACCCUGUGCAGAGAAAUGUGAGACGUGUCCUUUGUUUUUUGUCGGAAACUUUCACUUUCAUUUCUCUCUUCUGCUGUCAGCGAUGGCGUCUGCUGAUGUGAGACAGGAGCUGGACUGUUCCAUCUGUCUGGAAAUCUAUAAAGAUCCUGUAAACCUGAGAUGUGGACACAACUUCUGCCGGGUCUGUAUUGAUCGUGUGUUGGAUACACAGGAGGGGUCUGGAGGAUAUUCCUGUCCUGAGUGCAGAAAAAGGUCUAGGAGUCGUCCUGUACUGCAGAGGAACAUAACACUACGUAACAUAGUGGAGGCUUUCCGAUCUACUCAGCCAGAUCAGAAGAAGACUGGAAUCUUCUGUACUUACUGCUAUCACUCUCCUGUACCUGCUGUUAUAUCCUGUCUGAUGUGUGAAGCUUCUCUGUGUGAUAAUCACCUGAGAGUCCACAGCAAGGCACCAGAACAUGUCCUAACCGAUCCCACCACUUCCAUGGAGAACAGAAAAUGCUCCAUCCAUAGAGAACUUCUUAAAUAUUACUGCACUGAGGACUCUGCCUGUAUCUGUGUUUCCUGCAGGCUGGAUGGAGAACACCGGGGACACAAGGUGGAGACUCUGGAUGAGGCCUCUGAGAAUAAAAAACAGAAACUGAGAAAUGUUCUGCAGAAACUGAUGACAGAGAGAGAGGAGACAGAGAAAAUAGUCCAGAGUCUGCAGGAUCGCAGGAGAAAAGUACAAGAGAAAUCAGCCGGUCUAACAGAGAGAGUCACUGCCCUGUUCAUAGAGCUCAGGAGACAUCUGGAGGACCUGGAGAAGAGAGUCCGGAGGAACAUCUCCAGCCAGGAAGAGAGAAUCUCAUUGUCUGAUCUGAUCCAUCAGCUGGAAAUAAAGAAGGAGGAUCUGUCCAGGAAGAUGGAGGACAUUGAGGAGCUGUGUAACAUGACUGACCUGCUGACUGUCCUACAGGAAUCAGACACAGGGGACUUGUGUGAUACUGAGGAGGGAGAUAAUGAGGACAGAGAGAGACAUGAUAGACUCCUCCAUGAUGGAGGGGAUCUGGAUGUGUCUGGAAUCUCACACACAUUACACACAGGGUUAUCUGAUAUGAUAAAAGAGGUAAAUGUAAUCUUCUAUAUACAGGAAGCUUCAGACAUAUUACUGGAUGUGAACACAGCUAAUAAUAAUCUACAGAUAUCAGAUGACAUGAAAACUGUAUCCAGGUCAGAUAUAGAGCAGAAUCGUCCAGAAACAUCGGAGAGAUUUCAGCGGUGGCCCCAGGUAUUAAGCAGUCAGAGAUUUUCCUCGGGGCGACAUUACUGGGAAGUGGAUAUCAGUGAGUCAGAAAAUUGCAUAGUCGGGAUGUGUUAUCCCAGUAUAGAGAGGAGAGGAGGAGGAGUAUACCAGUCACUGAUUGGAUAUAAUAACAAGUCUUGGGGUAUAUGCAGGUAUAGUGGUAGGUGUUUUCUAUUUCAUGACAAUAAAAAAAUCACAUCUCCCGAUCUCUCCAGUAACAGAGUCAGGAUCUAUGUGGAUUAUGAGGCCGGGCAGCUGUCCUUUUAUGAUCUGUGUGACCCGAUCAGACACCUCCACACCUUCACCACCACCUUCACUGAGCCUCUCCAUGCUGUGUUAUGGGUAGGAAAAGGUUCUAUAAAGCUAUCUGGGGGGUCAGCUAAAGGACGUUUGGUUGUAUAGUGAAUGGCCAGGUUGUCGGCUUUAGAUUUAACAAAAAUAUAAUGACACACAUACAUUAUCCAUUCAAAUUGUAUCCCGGCAAGUACUUGUACUACAUAAAAGAGUAGAAAGAUGUUGUGCUUACUUAAUUAA